AUGGCAAAGGGGACAGGGCCCUGGUUUAGGGUGCUUUCAGGGUCAGCGCCAUGGCAAAGGGUUAGGGUUGUGUUAGGGUCAGGGCCAGGGCCCAGGGUUAGGGUUGAUUUAAGGUCAGGGCCAGGGCCCAGGGUUAGGGUUGUUUUAGGGUCAGGGCCAGGGCCCAGGGUUAGGGUUGUUUUAGGGUCAGGGCCAGGGCCCAGUUGUAGGGUUGUUUUAGAGUCAGGGCCACGUUCCCGGGUUACGGUUGUUUUAGGGUCAGGGCUAGGGCCCAGGGGUAGGGUUGUUUUAGGGACAGGGCCAGGGCCCAGGGCUAGGCUUGUUUUAGGAUCAGGGCCAGGGCCCAGGGGUAGGGUUGUUUUAGGGUCAGGGCCAGGUCUAAGGGGUAGCGUUGUUUUAAGGUCAGGGCCAGGGUCCAGGUUUAGGGUUGUUUUAGGGUCAGGGCCAGGGCCCAGGGGUAGGGCUGUUUUAGGGUUACGGCCAGGGCCCAGGGUUAGGGUUGUUUUAGGGUCAGGGCCAGGGCCCCGGGUAAGGGUUCUUUCAGGGUCAGUGCCAGGGCCCAGGGAUAGGGUUGUUACAGGGUCAGGGCCAGGGCCCAGGGUUAGGGUUCUUUCAGGGUCAGGGCCAAGGCCCAGUUUUAGGGUUGUGUUAGGGUCAGGGCCAGGGCCCAGGGUCAGGCUUGUUUUAGGGUCAGUUCCCAGGGUUUGGGUUGUUUUAUGGUCGGGGCCCAGGGUUAGGCUUGUUGUAGGGUCAGGGCCAAGGGGUAGGGUUGUUUUAGGGUCAGGGCCUAGGGUUAGGGUUGUUUUAGGGCCAGGGCCCAAUGUUAGGGUUGUUUUAGGGUCAGGGUCCAGGGUUAGGGUUGUUUUAGGGUCAGGGCUCAGGGUUAGGGUUGUUUUAGGGUCAGGGCGCAGGGUUAGGGUUUUAAGGUCAGGGCCACGGCCCAGGGUUAGGGUUUUAGGCUCUUGGUCAGGGCCCAGGGUUAGGGUUUUAGGCUCAGGGCCAGGGUCCAGGGUUAGGGUUUUAGGCUAAGGGCCCAGGGUUACGAUUUUACGGUCAGGGCCCAGGGUUUGGGUUUUAGGGUCAGGCCCAGGGUUAGGGUGAUUUCAAGGAAGUGACCUCACAAUGUCUCAAGCUACCACUUACUGUUGAUUGUGAGGAAAUGCCAGCUGAGGCACAUGCCUUGGGAGCUAAGUGGUUGCUGCCCUUGACUACUAUGAAGACUGGUGUGGGAAGGGUCGCUUUGGAUGCACUUGAGCAGGGGUCCCCAACCCCUGAGCCAUGGAGCCGUAAGGAGCCACACAGCAGGUGGGACCAUCCAGUUUCAGGAAAACAAGCUUAACACGCCCACUGAUUCUACAUUAUGCUCCUACCUCCCGGCAGCCUCGCCAGGCCCAGAACUCUCUCCAGUCAGCCUCUACAGACCAAGCUCAUGACUCACAAUGGCCUAUUUAGGCCCAUACCCUACCUCACGGCAGUCUCCGCAGAUGAGCCUACUGCCUCACAACAGCCUCCACAGGCACAGCUCCAUCGUUACAAUGGCCUCUUUAGACCCAGCUCCUGCCUCCCAGCCUUCUCUCCAGGCCCUGAACUUUCUCCGGUCUCCCUCUGUUGUGCAAGGCUGGAGGGUAGUAGUGCUAUCGCAGCUGACUGCAGCCUCAACCUUCCAGGCUGAAGCGAUCCUCCCAUCUCAACCUCCCACGUGGCUGAGACUACAGGUGCUUGCCUCUAUGCCCACCUAAUAUUUGGUAUUUUCAUAUACGUGGAUUCCAGAGGGGUGACAGCGAAACGUGGGACCAUCCAGUUUCAGGAAAACAAGCUUAACACACCCACUGAUUCUACAUUAUGAUUCCUCAGGCCCAGCAUCUGCCUCACUGUGGACCCCCCAAGCCAAGCUCCCAACCUUUCAGCAGCUUCUACACACCCAGCUCCCGCCUGCCAGUGGCCUCUUCAGGCCCAUGGGGCUCAUUCCUCACAACAGCCUUUCCAGUCCCAGUUUUUCCCUUCCGGCGGCCUCUCCGGGCUGAGAACCUCCUCAAGUCGGCCUCUCCAGACCCACUUGCACCCUCCAGGCGUCCUCUCCGGGCCAAGCUCCUCUUCCUGGCUGCGUCUCCAGGCCCGACUCCUGCCUCUCAACAACCUCUUUGGACUCAGUGCCUACCCAUCUCCUGGCGUCCUUGGUCGGCCCACAGCUUCAUCAAGCCAAGCUCCCCAGGCCCAGGUCAGGCCUCACGGUGCCCCCUCCACGAUGAGCUCCUGCCCUCCAAUGGCACCUGCAGGCCCCAAAUGGUCUCCGGUCGGUGGGCUCCUCCACGCCAAGCUUGGGCCUCCCGGUGACCUCUGCAGGCCCAAGUUGUCCUGAAGUCGGCAUCUCCCGGCCGUGCCUCCCAGCAAGUAAGCAAGCUCUUUUGGCUCAACUCCUGCCCAGCUCCCAACCGCCUUUGUAGGUCCCGAACUUUCUCCAGCCAAGUUCUUUGGGCCUCAUUCCUGCCGCCCGGUGGCCUGUACGGGCCCAGCAAUGGUUGGAGAACGGCCUCUGCAGGUCCCGCUCUUGCCUCCCAGGGGCCUCUCCAGGCCCAGCUCUUGCCCUCACGGCGGCCACCCGGGGCCAAGUCCCUGCCUGCCUCCCAGCAGCCCUCAUGCGGCCCAGCUCCUCCCUCACGGUGGCCUGUUGAUGCCCAUGCCUCUGGUACCCUGCCCAGAGGCAUGAGCCCCUGCCACACACUGGCUCCUCCCACGCUGAGAGAGGUCGGCGUGAGCCCUUGCCUCACACCGGCCCCUCCCACGGUGAGAGAGGUCAGCGUCAGCCCCUUGCCUCACACCGGCCCCUCCCACGCUGAGAGAGGUCGGCGUGAGCCCUUGCCUCACACCGGCCUCUCCCACGGUGAGAGAGGUCAGCGUCAGGCCCUUGCCUCACACCGGCCCCUCCCAUGCUGAGAGAGGUCGGCGUGAGCCCUUGCCUCACACCGGCCCCUCCCACGCUGAGAGAGGUCAGCGUCAGCCCCUUGCCUCACACCGGCCCCUCCCACGGUGAGAGAGGUCAGCGUCAGCCCCUUGCUUCACACCGGCCCCUCCCACGCUGAGAGAGGUCGGCGUGAGCCCUUGCCUCACACCGGCCUCUCCCACGGUGAGAGAGGUCAGCGUCAGGCCCUUGCCUCACACCGGCCCCUCCCAUGCUGAGAGAGGUCGGCGUGAGCCCUUGCCUCACACCGGCCCCUCCCACGGUGAGAGAGGUCAGCGUCAGCCCCUUGCCUCACACCGGCCCCUCCCACGGUGAGAGAGGUCGGCGUGAGCCCUUGCCUCACACCGGCCCCUCCCACGCUGAGAGAGGUCAACAUCAGCCCCUUGCCUCACACCGGCCCCUCCCACGCUGAGAGAGGUCAGCCUGAGCCCUUGCCUCACACCGGCCCCUCCCACGCUGAGAGAGGUCAGCGUGAGCCCCUUGCCUCACCCCGGCCCCUCCCACACUGAGAGAGGUCGGCUUGAGCCCUUGCCUCACACCGGCCCCUCCCACGCUGAGAGAGGUCAGCGUCAGCCCCUUGCCUCACACCGGCCCCUCCCACGCUGAGAGAGGUCAGCCUGAGCCCUUGCCUCACACCGGCCCCUCCCACGGUGAGAGAGGUCAGCGUCAGCCCCUUGCCUCACACCGGCCCCUCCCACGCUGAGAGAGGUCAGCGUGAGCCCUUGCCUCACACCGGCCCCUCCCACGCUGAGAGAGGUCAGCGUGAGCCCCUUGCCUCACCCCGGCCCCUCCCACGCUGAGAGAGGUCGGCGUGAGCCCUUGCCUCACACCGGCCCCUCCCACGGUGAGAGAGGUCGGCGUGAGCCCCUUGCCUCACACCGGCCCCUCCCACGCUGAGAGAGGUCGGCGUGAGCCCUUGCCUCACACCGGCCCCUCCCACACUGAGAGAGGUCGGCGUGAGCCCUUGCCUCACACCGGCCCCUCCCACGGUGAGAGAGGUCAGCGUGAGCCCCUGCCUCAACAGGCCACCGUGAGGGAGGAGCAGGGUCGCACGCGGGCUGCUGUGAGGCAGGCAGCGACUUGGGCCUGGGAGGUCGUGGUGGGGUGAGAGCUGGGCUUGGAGACUCCCCUGGGAGGCAACAGCAGGGCCUACAGACUCUGUUCUCCAGCCGGAGCUGGGACUGUUCAGGUACUGGGAGGUGGGAUGUGGGUCUGAAGAGCUUGGUUGCAGAAACUUCGGGGUCUACAAACGCAGGCGGGAGCUGAGCCAAAAAAUCUUGUUUGCUGGGAGGCGGGAGAUGCAGUCAGGAGAAACAGCUGUGCCUGCAGAGGCCGCCAUGCGGGAGGCGGAGGCCGGGCCUCCUCAAAUCGGCCUCUCCAGACCCACUUGGAGCCUCCCGGCAUCCUCUCCGGGCCCAGCUCUUCCUCCCGGCUGCGUCUCCAGGCCUGACUCUGGCCUCCCAACAACGUCUUUGGACUCAGCUCCUGCCCAGCUCCCAGCAGGCCCAAGUCGUCGUCAAGUCGGCCUGGAAUUGGGCCCAGAAGAGCAGCAAGUCGGCCUCCCCGGGCCCAGCUCCGUCCUCUCGGCGGCCUCUCCAGGUGCAAAACUUCCUCGAGUCAGCCUCUCCAGGCCCAGCUCCUCCUGCCUCCCAGUGGCCUCUUUCAGCCCAGACCAGCUCAUGGCUCUUGGCGGCCUUCCCAGGCCCCGCUUUUGACUUUUGGUGGCCUCUUCAGGCCCAGAACUUGACCUCCAGUGGGCCUUUGCAGGCCCGGCCUCCUGCCUCUCGAAGGCCUGCACGGGCCCGGACUCACAGCGGACUCACAGCGGACUCUCCAUGCCCAGCUAGCUCUCGCCUCAUUGCGGCCUCCCGAGUCCAAAGCUCCUGCCUCUCGGCUGCUUCGGCAGGCCCAGCUCCCGCCUGCCAGUGGCCUCUUUAGGCCCAGCUCAUUCCUCACAACGGCCUUCCCAGGCCCCGUUUUUCCCUUCUGGCAGCCUCUUGGCCUCUAAUUUGUUUAUCUUUUGUGUAUAAAUCCCAAAAUAUUGAAUUUUGGAAUAUUUCCACCAUUAUGUAAGUAUUUUGGUAGGUGAUUUAUUUGGGGUGAGUUUCUGCACCAAGCCCGAAUUUUUUAUUUUAUUUUCCUUAUUAUUUGGUGUUAAACAGGUUUAAUGACGGUCAUGGCAACUGUUUGGCACAAUGAAAAAUAUCGCCCAUGAUCAACGUGUUCUGUUCUGGGGAAGGGGGCAAAGGCAGGGUGAAUCACUUUCUUAAAAAGUAUAGCUCAAGUUGGGAGUGCAGAGGGAAUGGGGAGAAAACCCUCCCGCUGCCUGUGUCGAAGUGCAGGAGCCCCCACCCCCAUACUCACCUGAGUCCAGCCCCUCUGGGGAAAGAAGGGGUGCAUGAACUCCCCCUAGUCCACAGGUACCUUCCUGUGGCCCAAGGCCCUCUUCACACUCCAUCUUGUAGCCCCAACAGGAGCUAUUUUCCGAAAAGUGAAAAGCUCUGAAGGUCCCACAAUUCAUGGUAUGUACACCUCCCUCACCAGGGGCUGCAAAGUGGCCUGGAGCUCCAUACUGAGUAGAAGUCUUUGGGCCAGAGUCAGCAUCUGGCUGACGGUCCGGAUAUCCUGGUUGGAGUGACCCUGGUGCACCCUGCCAGGGCCUGGUGCCGCUUGCUGAAGAUCAUGACCGCCACUCAUGGGCCACCGAUGUGGUCCUUGUCCCAUUUGUUGGGGCUGCGUCCAUCCUUCUCAGAAGAUGAGUCCUGUUCCUUGCGCAGGGCACUGAGGGACUGGGCCUGACAUCAUCUGAGUGGUAGAGGCAACUGGGUGUCAGGAGACAUGAUGGAGAGGAAAGCAUCAUCAUGGUCAUUCUCUGUCUCACUGUCCAGCAGGGACUCCCCUGAGGGGCCCAGGGCUCCUCCUCCAUGGUGGGAGGUGAGCUUUUAACAGGUUCCACCACCCCCAAAGUGUGUGGGGUUGUGGGCCCUGGGCUUUCAGGGCAGGUGGCUCCAGGGGGCCGCCCAGGGUCAACACUCCCUGUGCCACCUGGUGGAUGCUCAUGAGCAACAGCUGCCAACUUGGCAGGUUGUUUUCUCUGGUUGGAGGCCACUGAGUAACUGGCAGGUUGCUGGGCCUCGUGUGGCUGCAGGGAGGGGUCAGGAAGGGGAUGGAGUACCAGGGGAACACGGCCACAGAGUGACCUUCCACAUUCCUCCACACGAACAUGCUGACGCCACGGGAGGCCUCACUGAAUGCAGGCCUGGGGGCCGAGUACUUGGUCCGGGCAGGGAGUUCCUGGCAGGGGCUCACACCUCACCCCCUGCUCAGCCCAGGUGGCUUGGGCCCAGAGAAGUGGGGGUUGGAGAGGAGCAGAAGGCCAGGCCUCAAGUUUUGUUUUUUUUGUUUGUUUUUUUUUGUUUUUGAAAUGCAGUUUGACUCUUGUCACCCAGGCUGGAGUGCAGUGGCACGAUCUCAGUGGCCUUCAUACCUGGCUAAUUUUUUGUAUUUUUACUGGGGGUGGGGUUUUGCCAUGUUGGCCAGGCUGGUCUUGACCUCCCGACCUCAGGUGAUCCACCCACCUCAGCCUCCCAAAAUGGGAUUACGGGCAUGAGCCACUGCUCCCAACUUCAUUCAUUUUUACUUGAAAAACUCCGUUAAGCAUUUUUUUAAGGUAGACCUAGUGGUCCUGAAUGCCCUCAGCUUUGUUUGUCGAGGAAGCACGUUAUUUCUUUUUUCUUUCUGAAGGACAGCUUUGUCAGACAUAGUAUUAGUUGCUGGCACCUUUUUUCUUUCAGCACUUUGAAUGUAUUAUUUGAUUCUGUCCUGACCUGCAAAGUUUCUUUAACUUUUGACUAUUUGAUUAUAUUGUGACUUGGUGAGUAUCUAUUUGGUUUGAACCUCUUUAGGAAUCUUUAAGCUUCAUGGAUUUAGAUGUCUAAAUCUUUCCCAUGAUUUAGGCAGUCUUCAGCCAUUGUUUAAAUAAGCUUUCUUCUCCUUUCUCUACUUUCCUUCUCAAACUCCCAUAACCUGACAAUGGUUUGCCUAAUGGUGUCUUGUUGGCUUUCUUUUCUCUGUCUUUUUUUCUUUUUUCUUUUUUUUUUUUUGAGACAGAGUCAUGCUCUGUCACCCAGGCUGGAGUGCAAUGUGUGGUCUAGGCUCACUAGGGUUAGGGUUAGGGUUUUAGGGUAAGGGUGAAGGGUUAGGGUUUUAGGGUAAGGGCGAAGGGUUAGGGUUUUAGGGUAAGGGCGAAGGGUUAGGGAUUUAGGGUAAGGGCGAAGAGUUAGGGUUUCAGGGUCAGGGCCCAGGGUCAGGGUUUUAGGGUCAGGGCGAAGGGUUAGGGUUUUAGGGUCAGGGCGAAGGGUUAGGGUUUUAGGGUCAGGGCCCAGGGUUGGGGUUUUAGGGUCAGGGCCCAGGGUUAGGGUUUUAGGGUCAGGGCCCAGGGUUAGUGUUUUAGGGUCAGGGCCCAGGGUUAGGGUUUUAGGGUCAGGGCCCAGAGUUAGUAGGGUUUUAGGGUCAGGGCUCAGGGUUAGUAGGGUUUUAGGGUCAGGGCCAAGGGUUAGUAGGGUUAAGGGUCAGGGCCCAGGGUUAGGGUUUUAGGGUCAGGGCCCAGAGUUAGUAGGGUUUUAGGGUCAGGGUUCAGGGUUAGUAGGGUUUUAGGGUCAGGGCCAAGGGUUAGUAGGGUUAAGGGUCAGGGCCCAGGGUUAGGGUUUUAGGGUCAGGGCCCAGGGUUAGGGUUUUAGGGUCAGGGCCCAGGGCCCAGGGUUAGGGUUUUAGGGUCAGGACCAAGGGCCAAAGGUUAGGGUUUCAGUGUCAGGGCCCGGGGCCCAGGGUUAGGGCUUCAGGGCCAGGGCCCGGGGCCCAGGGUUAGGGCUUCAGGGACAGGGCCGGGAGCCCAGGGUUAGGGCUUCAGGGAAAGGGCCGGGAGCCCAGGGUUAGGGCUUCAGGGUCUGGGCCCGGGGCCCAGGGUUAGGGCUUCAGGGUCAGGGCCCGGGGCCCAGGGUUAGGGCUUCAGGGUCAGGUGCCCGGGGCCCAGGGUUAGGGCUUCAGGACCAGGGCCCGGGGCCCACGGUUAGGGCUUCAGGGUCAGGGCCCGGGGCCCAGGGUUAGGGCUUUAGGGCCAGGGCCCGGGGCCCAGGGUUAGGGCUUUAGGGCCAGGGCCCGGGGCCCUGGGUUAGGGCUUUAGGGCCAGGGCCCGGGGCCCAGGGUUAGGGCUUUAGGGCCAGGGCCCGGGGCCCAGGGUUAGGGCUUUAGGGCCAGGGCCCGGGGCCCAGGGUUAGGGCUUUAGGGUCAGGGCCCGGGGCCCAGGGUUAGGGCUUUAGGGUCAGGGCCGGGGUCCCAGGGUUAGGGCUUUAGGGUCAGGGCCCGGGGCCCACGGUUAGGGUGAUUUCCAGGAAGUGACCUCACAACGACUCAAGCUACCACUUACUGUUGAUUGUGAUGAAAUGCCAGCUGAGGCACACGCCUUGGGAGCUAAGUGGUUGCUGCCCUUGACUACUAUGAAGACUGGUGUGGGAAGGGUCGCUUUGGAUGCACUUGAGCAGGGGUCCCCAACCCCUGAGCCAUGGAGCCGUAAGGAGCCACACAGCAGGUGGGACCAUCCAGUUUCAGGAAAACAAGCUUAACACGCCCACUGAUUCUACAUUAUGCUCCUACCUCCCGGCAGCCUCGCCAGGCCCAGAACUCUCUCCAGUCAGCCUCUACAGACCAAGCUCAUGACUCACAAUGGCCUAUUUAGGCCCAUACCCUACCUCACGGCAGUCUCCGCAGAUGAGCCUACUGCCUCACAACAGCCUCCACAGGCACAGCUCCAUCGUUACAAUGGCCUCUUUAGACCCAGCUCCUGCCUCCCAGCCUUCUCUCCAGGCCCUGAACUUUCUCCGUGGGACCAUCCAGUUUCAGGAAAACAAGCUUAACACGCCCACUGAUUCUACAUUAUGCUCCUACCUCCCGGCAGCCUCGCCAGGCCCAGAACUCUCUCCAGUCAGCCUCUACAGACCAAGCUCAUGACUCACAAUGGCCUAUUUAGGCCCAUACCCUACCUCACGGCAGUCUCCGCAGAUGAGCCUACUGCCUCACAACAGCCUCCACAGGCACAGCUCCAUCGUUACAAUGGCCUCUUUAGACCCAGCUCCUGCCUCCCAGCCUUCUCUCCAGGCCCUGAACUUUCUCCGUGGGACCAUCCAGUUUCAGGAAAACAAGCUUAACACGCCCACUGAUUCUACAUUAUGCUCCUACCUCCCGGCAGCCUCGCCAGGCCCAGAACUCUCUCCAGUCAGCCUCUACAGACCAAGCUCAUGACUCACAAUGGCCUAUUUAGGCCCAUACCCUACCUCACGGCAGUCUCCGCAGAUGAGCCUACUGCCUCACAACAGCCUCCACAGGCACAGCUCCAUCGUUACAAUGGCCUCUUUAGACCCAGCUCCUGCCUCCCAGCCUUCUCUCCAGGCCCUGAACUUUCUCCGGUCUCCCUCUGUUGUGCAAGGCUGGAGGGUAGUAGUGCUAUCGCAGCUGACUGCAGCCUCAACCUUCCAGGCUGAAGCGAUCCUCCCAUCUCAACCUCCCACGUGGCUGAGACUACAGGUGCUUGCCUCUAUGCCCACCUAAUAUUUGGUAUUUUCAUAUACGUGGAUUCCAGAGGGGUGACAGCGAAACGUGGGACCAUCCAGUUUCAGGAAAACAAGCUUAACACACCCACUGAUUCUACAUUAUGAUUCCUCAGGCCCAGCAUCUGCCUCACUGUGGACCCCCCAAGCCAAGCUCCCAACCUUUCAGCAGCUUCUACACACCCAGCUCCCGCCUGCCAGUGGCCUCUUCAGGCCCAUGGGGCUCAUUCCUCACAACAGCCUUUCCAGUCCCAGUUUUUCCCUUCCGGCGGCCUCUCCGGGCUGAGAACCUCCUCAAGUCGGCCUCUCCAGACCCACUUGCACCCUCCAGGCGUCCUCUCCGGGCCAAGCUCCUCUUCCUGGCUGCGUCUCCAGGCCCGACUCCUGCCUCUCAACAACCUCUUUGGACUCAGUGCCUACCCAUCUCCUGGCGUCCUUGGUCGGCCCACAGCUUCAUCAAGCCAAGCUCCCCAGGCCCAGGUCAGGCCUCACGGUGCCCCCUCCACGAUGAGCUCCUGCCCUCCAAUGGCACCUGCAGGCCCCAAAUGGUCUCCGGUCGGUGGGCUCCUCCACGCCAAGCUUGGGCCUCCCGGUGACCUCUGCAGGCCCAAGUUGUCCUGAAGUCGGCAUCUCCCGGCCGUGCCUCCCAGCAAGUAAGCAAGCUCUUUUGGCUCAACUCCUGCCCAGCUCCCAACCGCCUUUGUAGGUCCCGAACUUUCUCCAGCCAAGUUCUUUGGGCCUCAUUCCUGCCGCCCGGUGGCCUGUACGGGCCCAGCAAUGGUUGGAGAACGGCCUCUGCAGGUCCCGCUCUUGCCUCCCAGGGGCCUCUCCAGGCCCAGCUCUUGCCCUCACGGCGGCCACCCGGGGCCAAGUCCCUGCCUGCCUCCCAGCAGCCCUCAUGCGGCCCAGCUCCUCCCUCACGGUGGCCUGUUGAUGCCCAUGCCUCUGGUACCCUGCCCAGAGGCAUGAGCCCCUGCCACACACUGGCUCCUCCCACGCUGAGAGAGGUCAGCGUGAGCCCUUGCCUCACACCGGCCCCUCCCAUGCUGAGAGAGGUCAGCGUGAGCCCCUUGCCUCACACCGGCCCCUCCCACGCUGAGAGAGGUCGGCGUGAGCCCUUGCCUCACACCGGCCCCUCCCAUGGUGAGAGAGGUCAGCGUCAGCCCCUUGCCUCACACCGGCCCCUCCCAUGGUGAGAGAGGUCGGCGUGAGCCCUUGCCUCACACCGGCCCCUCCCACGCUGAGAGAGGUCAGCGUCAGCCCCUUGCUUCACACCGGCCCCUCCCACGCUGAGAGAGGUCGGCGUGAGCCCUUGCCUCACACCGGCCUCUCCCACGGUGAGAGAGGUCAGCGUCAGCCCCUUGCUUCACACCGGCCCCUCCCACGCUGAGAGAGGUCGGCGUGAGCCCUUGCCUCACACCGGCCUCUCCCACGGUGAGAGAGGUCAGCGUCAGGCCCUUGCCUCACACCGGCCCCUCCCAUGCUGAGAGAGGUCGGCGUGAGCCCUUGCCUCACACCGGCCCCUCCCACGGUGAGAGAGGUCAGCGUCAGCCCCUUGCCUCACACCGGCCCCUCCCACGGUGAGAGAGGUCGGCGUGAGCCCUUGCCUCACACCGGCCCCUCCCACGCUGAGAGAGGUCAACAUGAGCCCCUUGCCUCACACCGGCCCCUCCCACGCUGAGAGAGGUCAGCCUGAGCCCUUGCCUCACACCGGCCCCUCCCACGCUGAGAGAGGUCAGCGUGAGCCCCUUGCCUCACCCCGGCCCCUCCCACACUGAGAGAGGUCGGCGUGAGCCCUUGCCUCACACCGGCCCCUCCCACGCUGAGAGAGGUCAGCGUCAGCCCCUUGCCUCACACCGGCCCCUCCCACGCUGAGAGAGGUCAGCCUGAGCCCUUGCCUCACACCGGCCCCUCCCACGGUGAGAGAGGUCAGCGUCAGCCCCUUGCCUCACACCGGCCCCUCCCACGCUGAGAGAGGUCAGCGUGAGCCCUUGCCUCACACCGGCCCCUCCCACGCUGAGAGAGGUCAGCGUGAGCCCCUUGCCUCACCCCGGCCCCUCCCACGCUGAGAGAGGUCGGCGUGAGCCCUUGCCUCACACCGGCCCCUCCCACGGUGAGAGAGGUCGGCGUGAGCCCCUUGCCUCACACCGGCCCCUCCCACGCUGAGAGAGGUCGGCGUGAGCCCUUGCCUCACACCGGCCCCUCCCACACUGAGAGAGGUCGGCGUGAGCCCUUGCCUCACACCGGCCCCUCCCACGGUGAGAGAGGUCAGCGUGAGCCCCUGCCUCAACAGGCCACCGUGAGGGAGGAGCAGGGUCGCACGCGGGCUGCUGUGAGGCAGGCAGCGACUUGGGCCUGGGAGGUCGUGGUGGGGUGAGAGCUGGGCUUGGAGACUCCCCUGGGAGGCAACAGCAGGGCCUACAGACUCUGUUCUCCAGCCGGAGCUGGGACUGUUCAGGUACUGGGAGGUGGGAUGUGGGUCUGAAGAGCUUGGUUGCAGAAACUUCGGGGUCUACAAACGCAGGCGGGAGCUGAGCCAAAAAAUCUUGUUUGCUGGGAGGCGGGAGAUGCAGUCAGGAGAAACAGCUGUGCCUGCAGAGGCCGCCAUGCGGGAGGCGGAGGCCGGGCCUCCUCAAAUCGGCCUCUCCAGACCCACUUGGAGCCUCCCGGCAUCCUCUCCGGGCCCAGCUCUUCCUCCCGGCUGCGUCUCCAGGCCUGACUCUGGCCUCCCAACAACGUCUUUGGACUCAGCUCCUGCCCAGCUCCCAGCAGGCCCAAGUCGUCGUCAAGUCGGCCUGGAAUUGGGCCCAGAAGAGCAGCAAGUCGGCCUCCCCGGGCCCAGCUCCGUCCUCUCGGCGGCCUCUCCAGGUGCAAAACUUCCUCGAGUCAGCCUCUCCAGGCCCAGCUCCUCCUGCCUCCCAGUGGCCUCUUUCAGCCCAGACCAGCUCAUGGCUCUUGGCGGCCUUCCCAGGCCCCGCUUUUGACUUUUGGUGGCCUCUUCAGGCCCAGAACUUGACCUCCAGUGGGCCUUUGCAGGCCCGGCCUCCUGCCUCUCGAAGGCCUGCACGGGCCCGGACUCACAGCGGACUCACAGCGGACUCUCCAUGCCCAGCUAGCUCUCGCCUCAUUGCGGCCUCCCGAGUCCAAAGCUCCUGCCUCUCGGCUGCUUCGGCAGGCCCAGCUCCCGCCUGCCAGUGGCCUCUUUAGGCCCAGCUCAUUCCUCACAACGGCCUUCCCAGGCCCCGUUUUUCCCUUCUGGCAGCCUCUUGGCCUCUAAUUUGUUUAUCUUUUGUGUAUAAAUCCCAAAAUAUUGAAUUUUGGAAUAUUUCCACCAUUAUGUAAGUAUUUUGGUAGGUGAUUUAUUUGGGGUGAGUUUCUGCACCAAGCCCGAAUUUUUUAUUUUAUUUUCCUUAUUAUUUGGUGUUAAACAGGUUUAAUGACGGUCAUGGCAACUGUUUGGCACAAUGAAAAAUAUCGCCCAUGA